AUGGAUCCCAGAUCUCACCCUUCCCGUCCUCCAUCCACCAGUCUGCCUCCAGGCUCCACGCCCAUGUCUUCGAAUCCCAUCUCGAGCAUGCACAUGCCACAAUACUCGAUGCAGCCUCAGUAUCCGGUUUCGCAGCCGCAUACUCUGCCUCCAUUGCAGCCUCAUCACCCUCAGUCGCCCGCGCCUCACCACUACAUGGGCCAGCCGUACCGUCCGGACUUGUCGCGGUACCCUCCGUCAACUCACGAUGUCUACGGGGCUUCCCAGGCCCCUAUGAUGCCGCACACGACUGUCGGUAGCCUUCCGCCAUCGUCUCUGUUGAACCUUCCUAACCCUCAAACACAGGCGCAUCAGCAGUACCCCCCACCUCCGAGCGUCCUUCCGCCCGCAUCCUCCGCUCAGAGCUACCCUCAGCCGAUUGCUCCGGCACCCCCACGCGACCGUCGCCCGGAUUUCAAUGGUCUUCCCUCCGGUGCCUUUAGUUACUCCGAUGGCAAGGGUUGGGGUAUGACUCCUGAUGUGAAUGGCGCCAACGGCUCCCCCUACGCCAAGGAACCGCCACGGACGCAGGUCGUGGGCUCUCAGGGCCGCCGUGGCAUUUUGCCGAGUGUCCCGGGCCGCGCGACUCCGGUUUCUAACGGUGUCAACGGUACAGCUAAGAGCACAACUAUUCCUGCUAAGGACGCGGAUGGCAAAUUCCCCUGCCCGCACUGUAACAAGACUUACCUCCACGCCAAGCACCUCAAGCGCCAUCUGUUGAGACACACCGGUGACCGCCCCUACAUGUGUGUUCUAUGCAAGGACACUUUCUCCCGCAGUGAUAUCUUGAAGCGUCACUUCCAAAAGUGCUCAAUCCGACGGGGUAACCCGACCGGUGCGACCCACUUGUCCCACCCCCAGGCCCAUCUGAAGCGGUCUCAGCAGCAAGCAGCUGCGGCUGCCGCGGCCAAUCCCCCCAAGCCGCUCCAGGAUGAAGUCAGUAAUCCCGUCCCCCACUCCAAUGGCGUUAUGGGUACGCAAUUCGAUGGGGCCGUGAAUGGCAAUGGAAUGACCCAAGGCCGUCCUGGCUACACGGAGCAGCAGCCGCUAGGCUUCACGAUGCAGUCUGUCAACGGCAUGAACCGUGGUCCCGGUGACGACGCGUUCUCCGCUGGCCAGGCGCACGCGAGAGCCUCGUGGAUGGCUGGACCCAAGCAGAAUCCGUAUCUCAUGCAGCCUGGUGUUGAUGCCCAUGGCCAGCAGCUGACGGUUGAUCGUCCCCUUGAACAGGUAAAGCCCCCGGUCUAUCAUGACCACAAGCCGGUCAUGCCCGGUCCCCAUUCACAUCACCCGGGUGUUGACUGGAAUUCGAUGUUUCAGCACGGUUCUUCCGACGGUUACAUUAACCCCGUUUUCCCCCACUCCAUGGCCGCGGGCCAGGAGCCGAUCCACGCUCCCGUCGACCACGACCGCAAGUUCUACCCCGCCUCGACCGGUCCUGAGAGCGGUAUGAACGGACUGUACCUUGCUUCGACUACGCUGAGCGGAGACGGUACCGUGCAGCCCGCGAGACAGUAG